AGAGUAGUGGAAUCAGUACCCCUUGUACCUUUGCCCACAGCGGAUCGCGAAACUAUGAAGAAAAUAGUUAUUUUUGUCGUCAGUUUAUUAAUCUUAAGAGGUUGUUUGGGCGAAGCACCGGACGAAUAUUUGCUACAAACUUACAGUCUUCCGUCCGACUUGAAUUUUAUGCCCACAUUGGGCAACGGACACUUGGGCUAUACUGUCUAUGGCGAUGCCAUUUUUAUGAAUGGGGUUUACAAUGGAGCCGGGGGGAAUAGCAAGCGAGCUAGGAUACCCAACUGGCUGAAUAUUACUGCUCAAAUUUGCGAUCGAUUUGGCUGCACCACCGAGGAGGAUGUGGCAGUGAAUGGAACCAGCUAUGAAAUGAACCUUCGCGAUGGCUACUACCGGUCUCUGACCACUUUCAGAAGCCUGGGAAUCACAUUGGAGCAGAGAACCUAUCCCCACAAGUUCUAUAAUAGGGCUUUGGUCUACGAAGUGGUGGCUUCCAGACUUACCAACAGGAAGGCGAGAGUUAAUUCUCCCCAAUAUUUGAAACUAACUCAACAUCCUGGCAGCUCCAGUGAUGCCUUCCAAUUUGUAGUGAUUAACAAUGGCAGUGCUUCUGGCGGGGAUUAUCGGGUGCUUCGUGGCCAAACAGAGGUCCUGGAGUUUGAGAAAUUCCAGCCCAACCACCAUGAAAUCUUUGUCAUCUUCAGUGAAUCCUUGGAACAGCCUCUGCAGCUGGAGUGGCCCACCUGGCAGGAUCAGUUGACCCACCGCAUUGUCAUAAGCAUGGACAGACAACAGAGUGUGGCCCAAAAGGAGCUCCAGGAUGUGCUGCAAUUGAGCGUCAAGAGUCUUUUUCUCAAACACACCGAGUCCUGGAACCAGUUCUGGGACACUGAGUUCUCCAUCCAACUGAGAGGCGAUGAUGUCCUGGAGCUGUCACAGAUUGUGAAUGCGGGUAUUUUCUAUUUGGCCAGUUCCCUGCCAUCGCUGGAGACCAAUCAGGAGAACGAGCCCUUCUUCGGCCUUAGUCCCACGGGCUUGGGGCGUGGCAAUCUGGAGGCAGACUAUCAGGGUCACAACUUCUGGGAUACAGAGAUCUGGAUGCUGCCGGUGGUCACACAAUUUGGAUACGAGUAUGGGAAACAGGUCCUGGACUAUCGCACCAGGAAACUCGAGGCAGCCAAGUAUCAUGCCUACGCUUCGGGAUACAAAGGAGCCAGAUUUCCUUGGGAGAGUGCCUAUACUGGGACAGAAGUGACGAAUCCCUGUUGUCCCGAGGUGGCCCGCUAUGAGAUCCACAUCUCCCCGGACAUAUCCUUCGCCCUGCAAAAGUUCUUUGCCCAAUCGGCGGACUUCGACUGGACCUGCGACAAGGCCUGGCCCAUUGCCGCCGAAGUGGCCGAGUUCCUCGUGAGCCGAACAGCGUGCGAGGAGCUCAAAGAGGUCUGCCACUUUCUGGGCGUGAUGGGACCCGACGAGGACCAUCCCGAUGUGGAUGACAAUGUUUACACCAAUGCCGUGGCCAAAAUUGCCUUGGACUUUGCCGUGUGGGCUGGUCAGAUGUGUGGAAACUCGAGCACGGAACUCUUCGAAAAGUGGACCAAGGUCAGCAAUCGCCUGGUAAUCCUGCGGAAUGAGGAACUCGAUUACCAUCCCCAGCAUCUGGGCUAUGUUCCAAACACGACUGUAAAGCAAGCAGACACCAUUCUUCUAGGAUUUCCCCUGAACUUCGACACUAGUUCUACCCACCUCAAUGACCUCAAGAUGUAUGCCAAUGUGACCCGAGAAUCCGGGCCUGCCAUGACCUGGUCCAUGUUCGCCGCCAACUAUCUGCACACCGCCGAGUAUUCGCGGGCCCAUGAGUACUUCGAGCGGGGCUACAAGAGCUAUGUGCGCCCAGAGUUCAAGGUUUGGAGUGAGACACCCGUCGGCUACGAGGGAUCGGCCAACUUCCUCACCGGAAUCGGGGGUUUCCUGCAAGCCCUAAUAUUCGGGUACGGUGGCUUGGACUUUGUUCGCAAUGGCAACCGCACUACGAUGGUUAUGAGUGGUUCCAUGACCCCUCCUAAUGUGAACGAAGUGGAGGUCAACUUUAUACGAUAUGGAAUGAAUAAGUGUCAGUGGAUAUUCCGAAACAAAUACUCCGGGAUGAACUGCGGAAAAUCUCUGCAGAGCUUCGAGAUGGUUCAAGGAGGGAAAAGGACCUUAUUGGGCACCUCCUUCAAUUUUUCAGUUUCCAGAGAAGAUCCGCCCAAGUACAUUCAGAUUUUGAGAUAAAUCCAUAAGUGUAUUUGAAUAAAUAUGAAAGAAUUACAUA